GAAACAGUGAGAGGAGUGUUUCCAGACAAAGAGUGGGGCACUAUGAAGUGGCUGGUGAUUUUUGUCUUACUGGGCAUAUGCUCACAGGCUGCAACCCAAUCAGCUUUCAAAAUAAAUGUAUUCUCAUCAACAUCCAAGGCUGUGACUCUCAGAUGGACCAGGUACGAGUCAGCCAGCUCAUACAUGAUCACCGUCGCCCCUGCAAGCUCAUCAAGCAACACCAUCGCUUUUGUCCGGUUUGGUCCAACCACAGUGAUGGGCACUGUCAACUCUCUGUCCCCAAACACCAACUAUAUUUUUACAAUUAAAGCUCUGGAUGUUUCUGAUACAUUACUGAGCAGUACAACCACUGAGGGAUUAACAGGCCCUGACUUGAUGGAUCCCAUCCAGAAAGUAACGCCGAAGGACUGCACAAGCUUUAUGGUGGAGUUUAAGUUACAGGAUGGGGCAACGAGUUACAUUGUACGUGUUGAGGACAACAAUGGCUUCUUCAGAGAAGACCCUGUGAACUUCUCCCCGGCUGAGGUUACUUCCCUCACACCGUUCACUGAGUACACACUCAGUAUCAUGUCUGUGAAUGUUGGAGGCCGCAGCCAGCCAUCUCUACCAGUGACUGCAAAGACAGUUUUGCCUCCUCCUCAGCUCAACACCUCCUCUCCCACCAGUGACAGUAUCAUUGUGUCCUGGACCCCCAUUGCUCAGGCUGUCCAGUACACAGUAAUCUCCAUUCACAUUUUUGACUCAAAUUCUGCCAGAACAUACAACACCUCUGGCACCAACCUGACUAUCUCUGGCCUGGACUCUGGUGCUCUUUACAUUAUCAGUUGUUUUGCGUGGGACAUCGAGGGCAGAAAGGGAGACAGCAGUUUGUACACCAACCAGACAACAAGACCUCCAACACCAUAUAUUUACAAUGUCACUGUGGUGCAGCGUAACAACGUGUCUGCACUCGAUGUGGCCUGGGACACUGUUAUGUAUUUAUCUGAGGUACUCUAUGAUAACACCCUGUUCCAAGCGAUAAGUAACAAGAACCUCACCUGUGAGACCGACUCCGGCUCCUGUAACUUGUCUCCAGUGGAAUGUGGAGAAGUGCACGUUAUCGAAGUCACUGCCUCAAAUGAGGCUGGGCCCAGCUACCCGUCGAGCCCUGUGAACUUUACCACCUUCCCCUGCCCACCACAGCCUUUGGCUGUCAAGGAACUAGAAGAUGGAAACUGCAUGCUGACAUGGGACACAGUGCCUUAUGCUGACAGUUAUGAGGCAAUCAUUGAGAAAGAUGACGGUAGUGAAGAAACCUGCAAUACCACCAGCAACAACUGUACCUUCCCCUGCCAGUGUGGUUACACAUUCCUGAUAUCUGUGUUUGCAUUCAACCACGCCGGCAGCAGUCCCCAAGGGCCAAUUCUCAACUAUACCACUUUGCCCUGUUGUCCAGGUGAUGUAUCCAUCUCUGCGGUGAGCACAGACACUCUGGAGAUCAUAUGGACGGCCUCGCGGGGAGCAGAACUGUAUCAGACUCAGGCUGUGGACACUUCAGAGGUUAUCCUGUGUAACGACACUGCAACGGUGUGCGCCCUCUCAGACCUCACCUGUGACAACACCUACAGAGUGGUGGUGAUACCCUGCAAUGAAAUCACUGGGUGUAACCGUUUAUGCACAUCACAGCACACAGCAGACACAGCUCCUUGCAUGCCAGAAAAUCUCAUCGUCAAUCUGAGCAACUCCUCAUAUAUCGGUGUUAGCUGGGCAGCAACUAACAGGGCUGCUACUUACACUGUGACCGCAGUGGGAGAUGAUGGCAAACACAACUGCACCACCCCUGGAAACAGUUGUGUCCUCACAGACCUUCACUGUGGCUCCAAAUAUGAAAUCAGUGCCAUAGCAAGCAGUGCUGCCGGUCAGAGUUUACCCAGCUACUCUGACUUUGUGGAAACUGAACCCUGUUGUCCAGAGAAUCUAACAGUGCAUCAGGCGACUCAGGCAAUGACCGACGUCUCGUGGUCUAAUGCCAUAGGGGCACAUUCAUUCAUCACUUCUCUGAGAUCACCUCGUGGUCACGCCAGCUGCCACACCCAGGACUCCCACUGCCUCAUGGGAUGCAUCACCUGUGGAACCAACUACACUGUCACCAUGCAGGCAUUCAGCCACACUGGGCUGAGUUCCAGCUGCACCUAUCAGGGCUUCUCAUCCAGCCCCUGCUGUCCGUCAGGUGUUGGCCUCUACAGGAUGACAGGGAACUCUGUACGGGUAUACUGGCGCAGCACUGGCCGCUACAGCUUUGUCGCAGACGUAGUGGGUACCAGCAACAGCUACACCUGCAGUGCAUCUCAAGGAACAUACAGCUGUGAUAUUGACAACAUCCAGUGUGGGGAUGUCUAUCAUGUAGUGGUGGCCCCGCUCACACCAGAGGGCAGCAAAGUCACGUUCUGUUCCCAGAGACUGUACUCAGUGACUUGCUCAGGGACCAGCGUUGGCAUGGUGACUUACAGAGGGAAGAGAAGUGUGGGCUAGCAUAAGCCUCGUCUCCAGUGAUACUACACACACUCUUCUUCAUCCUUCAACAUCCCUACUUAUCUAGACAAAGCCAGUCUGAAAGCAAAACUAUCCAUGAAGAAAAAACAUCUGUUGGCCAUGAUAUAAAAUUAUGAUCAAUUACUAUACGUAAAUGUCCCUUUAAAUGAGAUUUUGGGAAUCAUUGCAAAGCAAAACCAUGACUGUGAUCAAACUCUUACAUAAAUAUGAGAACAAAGUCUGCUGAACUACAGGAGUGCGUUUUGUGUGUGUUGC